AUGGACUUGUGUUUCUCUCCUGGAGAAGCGGUCCCUACCAGGAUUACGAUCAAAAUCAAUCCUCGCCUGGUGGAACUAAAAGACACCUCAGAGGACUGGACCGGCGUGACAAGUGCGGCGGAGAGGCGGAAGUUACAGAACCGCCUAAACCAGAGGGCUCGGCGUAGAAGAACUCAGACGUAUCCUACGAAGAAUUGUCCUCUGAAUCCAAGUUCUGAGCCAGAUUCAGGGUCUGACCUAUCGACAGCGCUUGUGAAGUCGGCACCGCCAGUCAAGGGUCAGACCGAAGUGGCUUUGGAGAUACGAGCCAAAAAACAUCCAGAGCUAUGCAGACUCGAAACUCAGAUACAGCUGAUCAGGUUUGCUGGAGAAGCCUACGAAAACUAUCUCGAUGGGAAACCCUGUCCUGCCUACCUUACAACCCUUGUUCGCGUGAACGUUUUCCACGCCUUCGUACAAAAUGCCCGUGUCCUUGACUUUGAUGGCGCGUGGCUCACAUAUGAAGCAAUAUCACCUUUCAAUAAGUUGGGUCCAGGCCUCGGGCCUGCAAUGACAGGAAACUCGUGUCCCGAGAAUAUGCGCCCCACCGGGCUGCAAAUUGCCGUCGAGCAUCAUCCAUGGAUCGACUUUUUUCCCCACCCUAGAAUGCGAGAUAACUUCCUUCGAAUCGUUGCCGAAUAUGGAGAAGACUACAUUGACGAGGAUGACUUGUGCCGGGAUAUCGUAGACGUUGGAGCCGGAGCUGGGGUAGAGGAAUCUGCCCUCCUUGUUUGGGGUGAGGCUUGGGAUCCACGGGGAUGGGAAGCAACCGAACCGUUUCUGAAGAAAUGGGGUUGGCUUUUGGCCGGCUGCACGGAAAUUCUGGAGGGGACGAACUAUUGGAGACAAAAGAGAGGAUUGCCGAAAUUAAGGUUCAACUGA